AUUGACACCUAUGACUCAAACGUUGCUAGUCUCCACACCGUUAGGAGACGACGUGGAGAGAAAUCAUUACUAUCCGUCGUGUGAGGUAGAAGUGACGGGUCAACCUUUGACUUGUGAUUUCGUACCUCUAAGCAUGUUGGAGUUCGAUGCAAUCCUAGGAAUGGAUUGGCUCGAGAAACACCAUGCCCGAGUAGAUUGCUACACCAAAGUGUUGGAGCUCGAGGAUGAUCAAGGGAACACGCUAUGCUUUGAGGGAGAUCGGGGGAAAUCUAAUGCUUGUAUCAUAUCCGUGAUGAGAGCACGGAAGAUGAUGAGAAAGGGAUGCCACGCGUACCUUGCCUACGUGGUGGACGAUACCAAGAAGGAAGUCGACAUCAAAGAUGUACGGGUCGUGUGCAAGUACCCGGAUGUCUUCCCCAAAGACCUACCGGGGCUUCCACCCGAUAGAGAGAUAGAGUUUGUAAUUGAAGUGGAGCCGGGAACCAAACCCAUUUCGAUUCCUCCUUAUCGAAUGGCACCGGCCGAACUUCAAGAGUUGAAGGUCCAACUGCAAGAAUUAUUGGACAACGGAUUCAUCAGACCCAGCCAUUCACCGUGGGGGGCACCCGUACUCUUCGUGAAGAAGAAGGAUGGUACACUAAGAAUGUGUAUUGACUACCGACAAUUGAACAAGGUCACAAUCAAGAACAGGUAUCCCUUACCGAGGAUUGAUGACUUGUUUGAUCAACUUCGGGGGGCAAUAGUGUUCUCGAAGAUUGAUUUGAGGUCGGGGUAUCAUCAGUUGAAGAUCAAGGAGAGCGACAUACCUAAGAGUGCAUUCCGCACUAGGUAUGGUCAUUACGAGUUCCUUGUGAUGUCGUUUGGUUUAACCAACGCACCGGCAGCAUUCAUGGACUUGAUGAACCGGGUGUUUAGUGAAUACUUAGAUCAAUUUGUGAUAGUAUUCAUUGAUGAUAUCUUGAUAUACUCCAAGAGUGAGGAGGAGCACGAGCAUCAUUUGGGGCUUAUACUUGAUCGGCUAAGGGAAAAGCAACUCUUUGCCAAGUUCUCUAAAUGCGAAUUUUGGCUCAAGGAGAUUGGUUUUCUCGGUCACGUCAUAUCCGGUUCGGGCGUAGCUGUGGAUAACGCCAAGAUAAAAGCUAUUAUGGAUUGGGAGAGACCCAAGAAUGUGAAAGAGAUACGUAGUUUCCUUGGCUUAGCGGGAUACUAUCGUAAAUUUGUUGAAAAAUUCUCCGUAUUGGCGUCUCCAUUAACGAAGCUCACAAAGAAAGGGGCCAAGUUCAUAUGGGACGACAAGUGUGAGAAAGGGUUCCUUGAACUGAAGAAACGACUUACCGAAGCACCAGUCCUCGCCCUACCCAUACAGGGGAUAGGGUAUGAUAUAUACAGCGAUGCUAGCAUCCAAGGGCUUGGAUGUGUACUGAUGCAAAACGGUAAGGUGAUUGCCUAUGCUUCUAGGCAAUUGAGGAAACACGAGGUGAACUACCCUACCCACGACCUAGAAUUGGGGGCGGUAGUGUUUGCACUAAAAAUUUGGAGGCAUUAUCUCUACGGGGAGACAUGUCACAUUUAUACCGAUCAUAAGAGCUUGAAGUAUGUAUUCACUCAAAAAGAGUUGAAUAUGAGACAAAGGAGAUGGAUGGAGUUGAUCAAGGACUAUGACUUGAUCAUCGACUACCAUCCCGGAAAGGCCAACGUAGUGGCCGACGCACUGAGCAGGAAAAGUACGUCGGGGACGUUACUUACUUGUCUGCAGGCAUUAAGGGCACGCGUGGAGGUGUCCACGUGUGGGGCUCUCAUUGCUCAAUUUGAGGUUAGGCCCACCCUAUUGGGUGAGAUUAGUCGAAGUCAGGCCAUUGAUGAGGAAUGUCAGAAAAUCCGUGAAAGAAUCCUGGAAGGACCCGUUGAGAACUUCCGAAUACGUGAUGACGGUCUAUUAUUGUUUAAGGAUCGUGUAUGCAUACCAAAGAAUGAGGAACUCCAGAGGUCUAUACUUGAGGAGGCUCAUUCUUCAGCUUAUGCUAUGCAUCCAGGAGGUACUAAGAUGUACCGAGAUUUGAAGGAAAGUUACUGGUGGUCAGGUAUGAAGAGGGACAUCGCAGAGUAUGUGAGUCGAUGCCUUACUUGCCAGCAAGUUAAGGCAGAACAUCAGCACCCGGCAGGGCUUUUGCAGCCACUCACCAUCCCAGAGUGGAAGUGGGAGCACGUGACCAUGGACUUCGUGGUGGGGCUACCACGAACAGUGAACAACUAUGAUGCAGUUUGGGUAGUGGUUGAUAGGCUCACCAAGAGUGCACACUUUUUGCCUAUCAACAUUACUUAUCCUCUUGAAAGAUUGGCCAAGCUCUACACGGAGGAAAUUGUGAGAUUACAUGGAGUCCCGAUAUCCAUUGUCUCGGAUAGGGAUCCACGAUUCACAUCCCGAUUUUGGCCAAAGUUUCAGGCAUCGCUGGGUACCAAACUGAAGUUUAGCACAGCUUUUCACCCACAGACGGAUGGACAGUCCGAGCGGGUGAUACAGAUUUUGGAAGACAUGCUUAGGGCAUGUGCUUUGGAGUUCCAAGGAAGUUGGGACAAGCAUUUGGCCCUAGUGGAGUUUGCUUAUAACAACAGUUAUCAAGCAAGUAUCGGCAUGCCUCCAUAUGAGGCAUUGUAUGGGAGGAAAUGCAGAACACCGUUGUGUUGGGACGAGGUUGGCGAGGCCAAACUCGAAGGGAUAGAGCUGGUUGAGAUCACCAAGGCCAAGGUAAGGAUCAUUCGGGAUAGAUUGAAGGCUGCUCAGGACCGACAGAAGAGUUAUGCUGAUAAACGGCGGAGACCGUUGGAGUUCGAAGUCGGUGACGAGGUCUUCCUAAGGAUUUCUCCUUGGAAGGGCAUCAUUCGAUUUGUAUCGAGGGGAAAGCUUAACCCCCGAUACAUUGGUCCAUUUGAGAUCCUUGAAAGGAUUGGAGCCGUGGCUUAUCGUCUCAAGUUAACGCCGGAACUUGAGAAGAUACAUGAUGUGUUUCAUGUAUCAAUGCUCAAGAAGUACAUACGGGAUCCCUCUCAUAUUCUUGAGAAACCGCCAGUAGAGAUCCGUGGGGAUUUGCAAUAUGCGGUGGAACCAGUGAAGAUUGUUGGUCAACAAGUGAAGAAGCUUAGGAAUAAGGAGAUUCCUAUGGUAAAGGUCCUUUGGAGGAGUGAUCGAGUCGAAGAAGAAACUUGGGAGACCGAGGUCUCAAUGAGGGAGCAAUACCCAUUUCUUUUCGAUUAGAUACUUGGAUUUCGGGGACGAAAUCCCAAAUAAGGGGGGGUGAACUUGUAACACCGUCCCCAAAUAUAUUUACUUUUAUGUAAAUAAUGUAUUGAACCUUAUUAAAGGGUUAAUGAAUUUACGAAGUUGUAAAUUUUUACUACUUCUUUCGCGUGAAUAGUAAAUUGCACGUGGGACCCACACCGAGUGUGGGGGCUGCCCGACAUUCCCGAGACCAUAUAUUUUAUUCAUCUUGGUCUAGAUAAUAAAUAUAUAUUGGUGGAUAUUUCAUUUGGGCCAUGGAAAGGCCCAGAGUUGACCGAUCGGUCAAAAGAGGCCCAAAUUACCGGUACUGGUAAUUUAACGGAUAACAGCCCGAACUGAAUUUCGGAGGCUUAUAAAUUAAAGUUGGGGAAUGUAUAUUCAUUAUACAUGUCAUAAUGAGUAAGAGCACAUAAUAUAUUUUAUUGGACCUGAUAAAAUAAAAUAUAUUUAAAACAGUCCAAAAAAUACAACUUUCGGGACCGAUUGUACACUUCGGGACAAAAAGGGUUGACCUCCCACAUGAGUGGGGGCCAACCCACGUUUUUGCCACUCAAAUUGGAGGGGUUGGCCGGCUGGUAAGAGAAGAGAAGCAUGGGAGGAGGCUUUGAUAUGAUCUUUAUGGCAUCAAACAAAAAUGAGGUGGCCCCCAUCCACACUCAUUUGUUCAAUGAGACAAAUGGGUAAGCCUCACCCCUCUCCCACCCUCAUUUUCGGCCAAGAGAACCCAGGAAGAGCAAAGAACCACCCAACCUCCUUCCUCCAUUGUUGAAGAGAGCUCAUCAAAGAAGAAUCACCCAAAAAAGAGCUAAAGUGCUAAAAGUGUGAAAUAAUUAAGGAACUUGUGAAAGGUAUUUCAAGUGAUUUCACAAAGUUGGAAAAGUCGCCGGAGUUGUCGCCGGAGUUGACCGAAAGUCGCCGGAGUUUCACCGGAGUUCAACCAAGAAGGGUAGAACUUCAUAACGCUAAUUCAAGGUCGGCCGGGCUGACAGGCUCCCGACGGGGUUAGUAAGCAGACCCUAAGCUUGGGCUUUGGGCCUGCUAGCUCAAGUCAUGGGCUUGGACUCACGGGUUCAAGUUCGAAGCUUGGACCGAUUACGCUCUGGGCCGAGUCGCAUAACUCCAUCAAACUGUGUUUUAAGUUUUUAAAAGGAUGUUCUCGUUCCCCAUCCUAAUGUAAUAUCAAUGUAAGAACAGUAUACAAAAUGGGAGUUUAGUAAAGAACCACGUUUGAUGUAUUAAUACAUCACCUGAUUAGAAUCAGUGGUCAGUGAUACCAUAUAAAUCAAACUUAUGCAAAGCCCUUACUAUGCACCCCAUAUCGAGUUAUCAUUAAAAUAGAAAUGUUCUCCCCCUUUAAUCGAAACCAAAAUAAAGGUAGUGUUAGGCUGUAAAGAGUUACUAAAUGUUGAGUUGAAUAAGAAUUUUAUUGGGGUGGCCAGAGCCUAAAAAUCC